AUGGAUGACGACCCGCUGCUGGUUCGGCUGCGCAGAGUAAUCGAAUCUUCUCACGCCCUGCUCCGUGCAACCUCCGCCGUUUCCUCGUCAAAGAGUACAGAUUCCGCUGCAGAAGCGCCUAGGGUUUGCCGCGAGGACGCUAUUAGCGGGGAUGCUGCUGCUAGUAGCGAGCAGCGUGCGGGCGACGCUGAGAAGGCAGCUCUUGCGGGGCUGGUGGGCGCGGUGGAAGCGGUGGUGGCGGAGGCGGAAGGCGCGGGGCGGAUGUUGGCGGAGAGGGGGCAAGCGGGGAGGGGGUAUGCGGGGAGGGGGGAUGCGGGGAGGGGGGAUGCGGGGAGGGGAGAUGCGGGGAGGGGGGAGGCGGGGAGGGGGGAGGCGAAGAGGGGGGAGGCGGGGAGGGGGGAGGCGGAGCAGGAGGAGCCGGACAGGCGCAAGUGUAGUACCAGGGGAGGGGGAAGGGGUGGACGGGGAAACUCAUGGCGGGGGGAAGGGCUGGACGUUGGCGCAGGGGGCGCAGCAGGGGGCGCAGGGGGUGCAGGGGACGCAGGAGGCGCAGGGGGCGCGGGAUGCGCGGGAGGGGAAAAGGGGAAGAACGAGGCUGGGAAGAAGCCAAUUCCUGAAAUUCCUGCUGACGUCAUCUCUCUAUCAGUAGAGGUGCACGGGUGGUUGUUUGGGCGCAAUGGGAAGGGAGAGCGAGCCGUCAGUCGAAGCAUCUCGACCGUCCAUUCGCUGCUGGAUUCGCAUCAGAGCCGUCGAUGGGCGGCAAGCCUGCACCGGCUGCCAAGUAGCAUAGAUGCCGUCAUGCAAAUCAGCAGCGCCAUGCGACCUCUCCUCUCCUUGCUGCUGCACCUGCUCAACCUCGCGCCUCCCUCACUCUCCACAUCCUUCUGCCAAGCCCAGGUGUGUGUGGUGCGCAUCAUAACAAGUGUCAACUCUACUGCCCCACUGCGCUCUUUUGAAGCGCCUCAAAACAGCUGUGCUCUUACCCCACUCCUCCGCUGCCGCUCGUUCCCUCACUGCACUCUCCCCGUCCCCCCCCCCCCUCCCGUCUCUUCGCCUGCAUUCCCAUGCACCCAUCAGAGCAUGGCGAGCGUGUGUCCCAGGGCACUGCACGCGCACUGGGCGGAGCUCUUCCCCCACUCCUCCGCUGCUGCCCCCAGGUCCUCCUCCGCAUCCCUCCUAGCUCCUCUGCUCGCCGACCCAUCCCCCAAGGUGCGAGUGGCAGCAGCACAGACCCUCGCUUCCCUCCUCGACUCGCCUCUCACUCUCACCUUCCUGCAUCGCACUGCUGCCUCCGCGCCCACCCCUGCUGCUGCUGCCUCUGUUGCUGGGGGGGGGUCUCGCACCCCGGGCAAGAGGGCAUCAGUGCGAGGGUCAGGAGCGGUGGAGAGUGAUGCUGGGGGAUCAGCAGUGGUGGGUGGUGCUGCUGGUCGAGCUGAGGGUGAUGUUGGUGUUGGUGGUAGUGCUACAAGCAGCAGCAGCAGCAGCAGUAGCAGCAUCAGCAGUCGAGCUUCCUUCAUUUCUCUUUCAGCAAUCCUGGCAGACAGCCUUGCAGACAUGCACAGUGGUGCGUGA